GGUAUACUGUCAACGCAUUCAGACCACAGUGACUCUCGUGACAAGUCCUGCAUUCCGCCCACGCCGUCUUCGCAAUAUAGCCGUAAGGUAUGGUGGGAUGAGCUUGUGAAUAGUUACUCUGCUACCAGAGACCAGUCUUUGAAGGACAUCGCCGCGGACCUGUCGUCUUUGUUCUCCUCCACUGCGUAUUGGCUCUCCUUCGUCAAUGUACCCGACUUUGUCAGGAGCCUAUACAAUCCCGAAGAUCGAUCGCUAAUGCAGCCAUCUCUCGUUUUGUCCGGUUUGGCAUUGUCGACCUUGAUGAAAUCCAGUGAAAUGGAACUUGGAGCUACUGGGCGCAGCCGUGCGCUUUGGCUCCGGGAUGCUGCCCAGUCGUCUCUAGAGUCUUCAUGGACUUCAGGAUGGAUAGAUAUGACAUUAGCAAAAGCUGCUUUAAUACUAGCCCUGUUCGAAUCUUCUUCCCAUCCACAGCAUUCGCCCGCCCGUGCGAGAUCCUCCCUCGUCCUCCUCGAUAAUAUUAUCCGUGCACUUUCUUUAACUUUCGUGGAUGCAAACGAGCCCGACGUGUCGACUUUUACUCCCAAUACAGUGCCCGUAGCCAAUCAACGCUCAUCUUUGGACCCCAUUUCCAAAGAAGGUGCACGUGCAUCACAAAUGAACACUCGAAAAUGCUCUUGCAUCCCUCUUCCCCCUGAUAGCUCACUCCCUUCCGAUCACUUCUCAUCUUCUUGGUCGUACACUCCGCCUUGGGAUCCCGCGUGGUCACCGGAUGAAAUGCACAGAGAAGCCUGCAGAAGACUAUGUUGGAGCGCUUUGAACCUCGUGUCGAGUUAUACCUCACAUAGUCUCGCCUUCCGUAAGGAACCGACGGAGUUCUUUUUGACGGACCCGGCAAAUUUUAGAUUAUUGUUCCCCGGAGAAGUCUCCGAGCGCGCGGCUAGUAAUCACAAGUCGCUGUCACCCAAGAAUUCGGUUUGGGCGCUUUACUGUCGCAGCAUGUUGCUCUGGAGCUUCUGCACCCGUUUGCGCAAAGACACAUAUACUAAUGAACAAAAGGCUGAGUUUGCUCUCGAAGCUUGGUCCGAGACGCACGCCAUACAGGAUGCGCUGGAUGCACAUGUGUGCAAUCUGGAUACGGCACUCCUGUACAUGUGCCGAGAAUAUGUUUACAAGUGGAAUAGCACACAGAUGACUAUUACACAAACCUUGCGCAGCUUACACGGUUUGGAUAGUGGAAGCACUCCUGCAUUCAACCACAAACAUGCAGAGGAAUGGCUGUAUUAUCAAGCUCAAGUUAUCAACCGGGUCAAAACAUCUAUCAGCCAUUUGGGUGAGGCGGAAGGACACCUGUUGACUCGUCGACCGUUCCAAGUCACCUGGUUUGCCAGCCAAGUGGCAAUAUGUUUGUCGUUAUGGGAUAACGAUCGAUCCCUUAUCAAUGCCCUCGAAUUAGCGAAAUCCAUCUUGAUUCCAGUUGACGUUCUGAAUUCUUUGUGGCCGUGUUCAUUGCAACAAAGCAGAUGCGAUGAACUUCGCAAACGGCUUAGCGAAGCCUGCAGUUCCGUCCAAAUCUCUCUUCCUCUCCCUCCUAGUUAUUCCCUGCCGCCGCUUGUACGCGCAGGAUGAAUCGGUAACACGCGCUCGAUAUAUCUUGAUUUGAAAGUUGGAUACCCCCCGCCUCUAUUUCUGAUGAGCCUGAUAGUUUAUUAUUGCUGCUAUGUUGAUACUACUGCUUUCGUGUAGCCUUGCUAAUGUAUACGCUCACCUUCGAAAAUUCUCAGUAAAUGUCUUUUUGUUCGUAAUGUGGCGUUUUAAUUGCCUCACUAUUCCAGUUGUGUACUCUAUAUUUUCGUCUACUUACUUCGUUCCGUUUUGCUCAAUCUUAUGGUUUUCGGCAAA